GAGGAAGGAGAAGGCUAAAGGUAAAGCCAAAGGAAAGGCCCUCUUUUUUCUGGCGAUCUGUCUAACUGUGGUGGUGGCAGCGGCGGGCAUGGCGGGGAUAUCGGUCAUAGUGGUUGUCGUCGUCGCUUUCCUCCACAUCCUCGCCUUUGUCCUCGCCAUCGGCGCCGAGAUGCGCCGGAGUACCGGCAAGGUGGUGCCGGACGAGUACGACGAGCGGACGUUCUGCGCGUACGACUCGGACGCGUCCACGGCUUACGGCCUGUCCGCGUUCGGCCUCCUGUUGCUGAGCCAGGCGGUGGUGAGCGCCGCUACCCGAUGCCUCUGCUUCGGUCGGGGCCUCUCCGCCGGUGGCCCAAGGACCUGUGCCAUCGCCUCGUUCGUCGUCUCCUGGAUAAGUUUUCUGGUGGCCGAAGUUUGCCUGUUGGCAGGAUCUGCAAGGAAUGCAUACCAUACUAAGUAUGUGGGUUACUUUGCCAAGAAGGACUUGUCGUCCUGCACAGCGCUCCGUAAGGGGGUUUUCGCAGCAGGAGCUACCUUCGUGCUGCUUUCGAUGAUAUCCUCACUUCUUUACUAUUGGAGCUACUCCAAGGCUGACAUGGGCGGAUGGGUGAAGCACCAAAACGAAGGCGGUGUGGGGAUGGCAGAAUUUGGUCCUGAGAAGAGAGGGCUUGGAAACACAAAUGGUUGAAGGUUUCGUCUCUCAUUGUGUAAUUCUGUCUUCGUAUAUCCUUGUCUUCUAAGGAACCAUAGUUUGUUGGAUUUGGGAUAAGAGUAAGAGAAGGGGUUUAACACUUCAGUUUGUCUUCUAAAGGUUCUCAAUAGUUUCUAUGAAAGUUUUGCAGGUCAUAUAGUACCAGCCAUCUCUGACAUAAGCGCCAAGACUUGCGUGGGGGCUGAGGUACUAUGCUGAAAGUCCAAGUCCAAUAACGUGACUCGUCACGGUAUCCUCCACGAGCAACUCAUCUUGUGAGAUAAUGAUUUAGUUGUAUACUUUAUGGAUAACGAUAGAAGCAGGCUUGUCUUCGAUGUAUUUCAAGUUCGUCAAGUUCUGGACA